CCUAAAUCCCGUAUCUGCCGGUGUGGACCAAUAGCACAGCUUCACAGUUCUCAGCAUCACCAACCAAAGGAGACAUCCAGCAUCCCCAGACCACUGGAGCGCCUACAGAGACCUCCGACUAGUCGUGAAGAUUGUUUUGUUUGAUUAAAAAGCCUAUUGUUCCGGUGGAAUUUAGGCUUCCUGAAGAUCUUCAUAUUCAAUCUUUUUCUCGGGGUGGCCGAUCGUGCAUCUCCUUGAUGCGCAGUUUAUCAAGGAUAAACCCAGACAGCCAUUACUGCGGCUCUUGUUUUGCCAAAGCAUCGUGGAGGAGAGCAGAUUCCUGUUUUGCAGCGACACAGCUCUCAUCUAUCCCGUUAUCAUUCUCCUUUAAAUAGAGCACCAACCUAAAUUUGGAUGUCUAACACAGAUUGAACUAGUCUCAGGAAGCAGUGGGGCUCCAGUUUGGCACCUUCUUUAGCUGACCCCUAACCUUGAGAUUCUGAUAUCCCGCUCCUGGCGUCAUGGGAACCGUGCUAUCGCUUUCACCCAGCUACCGGAAGGCCGCCCUGUUUGAGGAUGGCCCGGCCACCGUGGGCCACUACACGGCAGUUCAGAACAGCAAGAACGCCAAAGACAAGAACAUAAAGCGUCACCCACUCAUCAACGUUCUGCCGUGGAAACGAAUAGUAGCCGUCUCAGCCAAGAAAAAGGGGUCCAAGAAAGUGCAGCCUAACACCGGCUACCAGAACAAUGUUUCUCACCUCAACAAUGAGAACCUCAAGAAGUCACAGUCUUGUGCAAAUCUCUCCUCCUUUACACAGGACCAGUCGAGUCCAUCUAACCAAGGCUCCAAAAACUCCAACAACACAGCUUCCUCGGUCAAGAAGGCUCCACUUUCCAAUUCCAACGCUGUUCCCGGGACACCCAAGAGGGUGAUUGUCCAAGCCUCCACCAGCGAGUUGCUACGCUGUUUGGGAGAGUUCCUCUGCCGGAGGUGCUACCGACUCAAGCACCUUUCUCCCACCGACCCAGUGCUGUGGCUCCGUAGCGUGGAUCGUUCUCUGCUGCUCCAGGGCUGGCAGGACCAGGGCUUCAUCACUCCCGCCAACGUGGUUUUUGUCUACAUGCUCUGCCGCGAUGUGGUCUCCUCUGAAGUGGCUACGGAGCACGAGCUACAGGCCGUGUUGCUGACCUGUCUCUAUCUGUCUUACUCUUACAUGGGCAAUGAGAUCUCAUACCCUCUCAAGCCAUUCCUGGUGGAGACCUCCAAGGAGACAUUCUGGGACCGCUGUCUGUCCAUCAUCAACAUGAUGAGCGCCAAGAUGCUGCAGAUCAACUCGGAUCCUCACUAUUUCACCCAGGUCUUUGCAGACCUCAAAAACGAGAGCCAGAAGGAGGAGGAGAGGAGUCGUCUGCUCAUCGGCCUGGACCGGUGAGGGGCUCUGGAGAUGUCUUUGGUAUCACUCUCGUCUGGCAUUUUUUUCAAGGGAUAGUUCAGCCAAAAAUGAAAAUUCUGAGUAAUCUAUUCACCCUGUUGGUCCAAACCUGUAUGCCAUUUGGUACACAGAAUACAUUUUGAAAAUUAUUUCAACGUCUGUUAGUCCACAAAAACAAAGGGGUCCAACAGAGCUGUUUUGGACCCCAUUGACUAGAAAUAAAGGUUCCAAGAGGUAGCAUUGAAGAAUCAUUUUAUGUUCUUAAGGAACCAGCUCUAUUAGUGUAAAGAACAUAUUGAACAUCUCAAGAACCUUUUUCCACUAUAAAGAACUUUAUGGAGAAUGGAAAGGUUUCAGGUUCUUCAUAGCUUUCAAUAAAGAACCUUUAUUUUUAAAAGUGACAGUACCUCAGUUUGUUUUUUCUUUUAGAGGGUGAAUAAAUAACAACAACGUUUAAUUUUUUGUCUGAGCUAUCCAUUUAUGUAGCUCCGACAUGGGUGGAAUAAAUAACGAGAUAUCUUUCAGUUUAUUAUUCACAUUCUUACAUUUUGUAGGAAGCGAUGGGUGAUGCUAAUGUUGUUCAAAAGGAGCAGCGAGUCUUUCAUCACCUUCAGCAAUGGCAAUUUUGCACCUGAAUAUAAAGAAAUGCCAGACUUGAGUGGACCAAAUGCUCUUAAGUAGUGAAUAUUUAAAAGCACUGACAGAAAAGACUUCAAAAAGACAAACGAGACAAAAAAAAAAAAAAAGAACACAACUUUGAAUGUGGACAGGAAUCCAGCUGUUGUCAAGCUGACUUCUGGACACUUUGCACCAAGAUCCUUUCCACCGCUGUCAAUAGAAACGGAGACUGAUUCAUAAUCAACAGACACUUGUUCUCCUGUGUCCAUGAAACAGGACACUCACUGAAUGCUAAACACCUUACUGUUGCAAAUUCUGUUACAGCCAAUCGCAAAAAGGGAAGAGGGGCGCCAGGUUGAGCGUGUUUAUGUUCGCAGGACACUCACAAAGAAUAAAGGGAAAUGACUUUGAGGCCAGCAUUGCACAGUGGCUGUUGAUGUAGAUGGUGAAAGGAGAGGUUGUCAGCACAUUUGUAAGAAAGACCUACUUUAUUUUCAUCCAUGAUACAGAGUUAAACGGUUCUCUCCCGUGGUUUACGUCCUUUUUUUUAAACAACUGUAUUCAUCUGAAUGCACACACAAGCCGGAUGAUGUACUUUGAGUUUUUUUUGUUGUUGUUUUUUUUCUAAGCUGACUGCAUAUGUGUUUAGGGAAUGAAAUACGACAAAAAAAGAACUAGUUAAAAUAGUUUAUCUUGCUAUGCCUGCUUCAAUGAGCCAUUGUUUUGUCAUUUUGUUUUGUACUCGAGACUAGUUUCAACAGGGGGCUCUGUACAGAAAAGCCUGUAAAUGUAUCAAAAAACAGUGCCAUACCUUUGAUGAAAAUCAUGUAGGUCUAAAAACAUACCAAAGGCCGGCAAACUUUGGAACGGUAGGAUUGUCAUUAAUAAGUAUCUAUGGGAAUCGUAAUUUAUUGUUAUUUAUUAAUUAUUUUCACACACUUCUCUCUUGCAUUUAGAGAUUUUAGUAACGUGUUGUUAAAAAAAAAAAAAAAAAAAAAAAAAAAAAAAAGGGCAGCAUUUAGAUCGAUGGCUACCUUCUGGUGGGAAUGAAGAUUAUGGUUAAUGCACAUUUGCAUUCAAAUGAAUUAUUUAAGACAGUAAUGUCUAUAAGAGCUUAGUUUUAGACCAUUUUCAGAUCUGAGAUACACCGAGGUAAUUCAUCAUAGUGACAGACGAUCGGUUUCAAUCAAAAUGAAGUACCUGAAACCAAUUUCUCUGUGAAGUACUGUUGGGAUGUUCUACAUAUCAGCACCGCAAAAGCAAUCAUGAGUGAUUAACCCAUGACAACACAGAUGAUAACAAGCUCCAGGCAUUAAACCGGAUGAGAUGUGGUCUAUUUCUGGAGAUUUCGAUCACAUUUACAUAGAGGAAUGGUUUUCAAGUACCAGACGAUAUUGAAAACGUACGUUUGCAGCCACAUCGAUGACAUCAAUCAAACUGGAUCUGGGUUAUGGGGGGGGGAAAUGCGCAUUGUAUGAUCUAUUUGCUCGCUUUAAAACAUCUCAACAGUGCUAAAUUGUGCAUGCUUUCUUUCAGUAAUUAUGUAUCUCUUUCUUUGUAGUCAAAAAAAAAAGAAAAAAAGAAUGUGACCGUCAUGUAAGCAAACAUUAUUACGUCUCUGUUAAUUCAUGCAAAAGCCUGUUCUUCUCAUGAUAUGAAAGUGGGAUGGAUGGAUUCUGUGUGACUGCUUGCCCUGCUGCAUUGCUUUAAGUGACUAAAAGGUGGAAGAAGCCAAUGAUUUGCUAAAAAAAAAAAAACGUGCCAGGGGAGGUCUGGAUACAGGACUUGCACUUUUCUGUGAGCGAUUCGUCUGAGGAGACCGCAGGGGUUUGAGGUUGUGGGGGCUGAAGUAGGUGAGCCCUUCUUCACCGCUUGCCUGCUAUUAUUUGCCCCCAGCCCACAACAAUGUGCCAUUUUUUCACUUGCAUCACAGAGUAGUCCUUUGAAACAAAAACAUGCUAAGUAAAAGAUUAAACUCCUGUCAAACUCUC